CCAAAUCUUGGGAAAUUAGGAUAAUAAUAGUAUAAAAAAGACAUCAACAAGAAUCACAACUAUUGUUUCACAAAGAUGGCAGAGUCCCAUGCUACCUCAGGUAUAACUGGGAAAGUACUUGCAGUUCUCUUCAUUGGGUUCUUAGCAUUGGCAUAUCAAGCAAUUCGGCCACCUCCUCCGAAAAUUUGUGGUUCGCAAAAUGGUCCUCCAAUUACUGCACCAAGAGUAAGACUUUCCGACGGAAGGCAUUUGGCUUAUAAAGAGCAAGGUGUUCCUAAAAACCAAGGAAAAUACAAAAUAGUGUUUAUCCAUGGCUUUGAUUGCUGCAAACAUGAUGUUGUUCUUGCCAGCACCCUUUCUCCUGAUGUUAUUGAGAGUUUGGGAAUAUAUAUUGUGUCAUUUGAUAGACCUGGUUAUGGCGAAAGUGAUCCUCAUCCACAACGAACACCUAAGAGUUUAGCUCUUGAUGUUGAGGAGUUAGCUGAUCAAUUGAAAUUGGGAUCCAAAUUUUAUGUUGUUGGAUUUUCCAUGGGUGGUCAAGUAGUUUGGGGCUGCCUCAAAUAUAUUCCUCAUAGAUUGGCAGGAGCGGCUCUUCUAACACCUGUGGUUAACUACUGGUGGCCUAGUUUCCCUGCAAAUUUAUCUAGAAAAUCAUACUACGAUCAGCUUCUCCCGGAUCAAUGGACUCUUCGGGUUGCUCACUAUCUUCCAUGGUUAACUUACUGGUGGAACACUCAGAAAUAUUUCCCUUCUUCUAGUGUUGCAGCUCACAGCCCUGAUAUCCUUUUCACUCAAGAUAGACAACUCGGACCCAAGUUUGCUGCCUCUCAAGAACAAUAUCGGGCACAAAUUAGACAACAAGGGGAAUUUGAAUCACUUCACCGCGAUGCAAUGGUUGGCUUUGGAACAUGGGAAUUUGAUCCGAUGAAUCUUAAAAAUCCGUUCCCUAAUGGUGAAUGUUCCGUUCAUCUAUGGCAAGGCGAUGAGGACGGGCUUGUACCUGUCAUUCUGCAACGAUAUAUUGCAGAACGACUACCAUGGAUUCAAUACCAUGAACUUAAAGGUGGUGGUCACUUGUUUCCGUAUGCAGAUGGAAUGGGAGAUAAGAUUAUUAAGACAUUCUUACUUGGGGAAAACUUUGUUCUAUAAUGCUUAUACUAUGAUUCCAAUUGCUGCAUUUUAUGCAUUUAUAUGCUUUAUAUAAUGGCAGUUUGGACCCUGUCCUAGCUGAAACUAAUACAUAUUCAUCAUCAAUAUGGCCUUGUUAUUGUGGUUCUUGUUGUAUAGUA